AUGGCUCACUACUUCAGAUAUGACUCUCAGAAGCUCCUACACUGCCACAAAUUUUGUCGCGAAUUUGUUAUCCCGUCCUUGGCUCACAGGUUUAUAGCAGAGAUGGUGGAUUUUUUUAUUCUCUUCUUUAUCAAGGCAACCAUUGUUCUGAGUAUUAUGCACCUCAGCGGAAUCAAAGAUAUCUCAAAGUUUGCAAUGCAUUACAUCAUAGAGGAAAUAGAUGAAGAAACCUCUAUGGAAGACUUGCAGAAGAUGAUGGUAGUGGCUCUUGUCUAUAGGCUGCUCGUCUGCUUCUACGAGAUUAUUUGUAUUUGGGGAGCUGGUGGGGCAACCCCGGGGAAAUUUUUACUUGGGCUGAGAGUUGUGACGUGCGACACAUCUGUUCUCAUUGCACCAAGUCGUGUGCUAGUGAUUCCAUCCUCUAAUGUCAGCAUGACAACAUCUACAAUACGUGCUUUGAUCAAGAACUUUUCUAUCGCUUCCUUUUUUCCUGCAUUCAUUACCCUGCUGUUCUUUCAACAUAAUCGAACAGCCUAUGAUAUUGUAGCAGGGACAAUUGUAGUAAAAAGAAAUGGCAUCAGAUGAUAUCCAAGGAAGCCUCGAUGCUGUUGUUCCGAACUAGCUGAUGAGCGUCAUGUCGGAUUUCUGAAUCUGUCACUUCAGUGCCAGUGACUAUCUCUUGGACAUUCUCCAUUUUUUCCUCCUGCAUCACCACAUUGGAGAAAAAUGUUUGAUUUUAGUAUUUGAACUAAGCAAGGAAAUGAAGUUAUCUUCAGAAGACAGUGGCACACAGUCGUUGACAGUAUGAAUCCUGUAUCAAGAGGCGGACAUUCGCGUGACCAUCUCACACACUGUUGCUAUCGGAGAAGGUAAUCAAAGGUAUUACAGUAUUUUAGUGAAGGUAACAGUGCCACACGGAGUUGUAUAUUCCUGUUUUGGGGAAUUGCUGAGGGUUUCCCCCUUCAAAAAGCCUCAUCGGGAAUCUCUUAAAUACAAUCAUUGUAUUAAUUUAAUGCUCAAUGUUUUCUGUGUUAAAUUGACUUGCAUGGUGAGGCUGUUUUGAACACUACACUGAUCAACAAAGAGGGCAGAUAACAAUGUUGGUAUUAGUGAAUGUGUAAAUAUUCCAGGCUCUGACUAAAGAAUGGAGACCAAUUGUGAUCUACUAUUUGUUUUUGAUGGGGAAUGGAAGGUUUGGCUGCUGCCCCCCCCCCCCAGCAGUUCCAUGUCUUUCACAGAUACGUAAGAGGUUCUUACAAAAAGCACAGAAAAUACUGUUUCAGAUCAAACUUCGUUAUAAGCAGAAAUAAGUUAUGCGUAGCCUUUUGCAUCAGUUUAACAAGACACUUUUUUUU